CACGACUCGGGUCUUUUCGUUCAGUGUCGCCAUCUGCUUUCUCGUCCUUCUCCAAUCUCCGUGUUGUUGUUCCCGGUGACGCGGCGGAGGUGUAGCCUGACGCGGGCUCUUACGUGUCGGCCAGAAUAAAAGUGGAGCUCCGGAGGCCCGGGAGUGACGAAAGGAGCCUGUAUCGGUAAGGACGGAGUGGUGUCCGGGGCUCAGAGAGACGACACGAAGCCGUAGAAAGUGUCGGUCUGGUCGGGUUCGGCCCGAAGGAAACAAAGAGAUCAUGGCGCCGCUGUGUGUUUGUAGCAGGAUGGAGGGAGGGGAGUCUGCGGCUGUGAGGGAAAACACAGCAAAUGUGUCUCUUUCCCCGUGAAGGAGGGCAGACCGCUGGCGUGUUUAGACAUUAGAAAGUGUGUCAGGAUAUGAGGGUUAAUUCCGUCAGCUGUCAUAUUGCGCCAUAUUAUCACGAAGGUUUGUGUGCACAGAUUUGCGCCGUUUUUUCCUUUACGGUUCAUAGAAAACACUCGCUGUGAUAUGCUGUUAUUUCUCACCCUCUCAGCUGAAUUACAUUUUUCCUUUUUUUCAUAUUACAGUCUAUUUUUUAACAUCUGCUUAUGUAACAUCUGUAACAUGUUGAUGUUUUCAAUUCAUUUUGCGUCAAUAGAAAUCAGCCAUGCAGGCCGUCGUGUUUGGUCGCACGAUGAAAACAUGAAAUAAGAAGGCCUGCAGGUUUAACCCACAGCUUGUCUUUGAAUGAAUUACAAGUUUUAAUUGUUCCCUAUCUCCUGGGAUGUGACAGUAGCCGUAGUGAGGGGGCGUUGCCCGGCCAUGUGGCUGUGCUGUCACACACGGAGCAUCGGAGUGAUUUUUGAAAAGCAGAGGGAGAAAUGUGUAAAGCCAAUCAUGCUGCGGAGAGAAGCUACGCACAGUGUGAGAUCACGGAGCUCCGUGAACAACACGGCCCAGAUCAACUCUCACUACCACCGCCUGAAGACAGACACUAGACAGAUCUGAAGCUCAGAGUUUCUACUUUAAUCAUUAGAAAGAGUAAAACUGAUAAAGUGUGUGGGAAGAAAAUUGUAGUUUCCUUUCAUAAAGUUUACUUUUCUUGUGUAUCAGAGAGAAUGUUGAAUUACAGUGAAAGCCUGAAUUAACGUAAUUAGUGUAUUAGUUUUAAAACAACAGAUAACACCAAGUUUUCUUUUCCUGUAUAUUGACCUUAAAGGGAUAUUCCAGCGUAAAGUUUAAGGGAUAUUCAGUCGUAAAAUAAAGUUAGGGUCAAACACACUGUAACACAGAGUGAGACACCCCAUCGAGAGUUGAAAGUUUCUGACCGUUUGCUUCUCUAGUUAUACCAACUUUAGUAACGACCACAUGAUAGCAAUACAGAGAGCCAAUCGCUCAACCAAAAAGCCACUCUAUAGCCGCAAAUAAUGUUCAGAACAGCACCUAACUUCAUCAACAGUACAUAUAUAUAUAUAUAUAUAUAUAUGUAUAUAUAUAUAUAUAUAUAUAUAUAUAUAUUUAUAUAUAUAUAGGGUCCUAGCCAUAGCACUUCUAAAUUCCAAAUUUACAGCACCAUACAGACAUACAAAGAGAAAAUUAAAGUAUAAAGAAACUUAGAAUUAAGUUAAGAAAAAGAUAUGUACAUAAGUCAUAUUUAUAUGAAAGAAUCAACAUCUAAAUAUUUUAUUCUCUAAAUAUACAAAAAUGAUUUCAUGUUAGUUGUAAAUUAAUUCUGGUCAUCAGGGGGAUUUCCCCAAUUUGCAGACUGCAGGCACACUCCUUAAAGUCAUUUGGCAAUGAAAAUAAUAUAUGAACAAAGUUUCCUCAACAUCACUGCAAGGUCAUUCCCCAUUAAGAAACCUCAGUUUAGAUAGCUGUAAACAGUAAGGUCUGAUAAUAGAAACAGUUCAUCUGAGAAGUAACCAUCCCAAACAGAGGGAAUUGAAAUGUUUUACCAGCUAACAAACAGAAGUGGUGGAUGUAGAGCAGACAUAACAAUCAACUUAUCCUCAAACUGUUAGUGUUAAACACACUGAGGCAAAACCUGCAAAAUACUACAGGAUAUCAUCAAUCCUGAAUAUAAUUAGAUCCAUUUGGUCAAGAAACAUGGACAGUUUACAAAAACCUAAAGGAACUGUGGAUGACUCUGAUCUACAGUUUUGAACUCAGAAAUUUUCAUGAUGAUGUGCAGUUUUUCUUAAGGAUUUAUGAUUGCAAUAGUGUAGAGUGACAGUUGGUACAGUCUUGUGAUAUAUUUAUUACAUUUUCUAUGAAUGUAUUUCUAUUACAUGUUUUCUAUGUAGAUCCUACUGCUGCAUUCCUGUUGAAGUUGAGUUUUAACUGCCUAUCUUUAAAUCUUCACCCUCAGCUUAACAAAUGAAGAUGGAGUCAGCAGCAGAGGCUCAGCAGGGGGCAGAGACUGCUGUGACUGAGACAGAGAACCAGCAGAUCACUCCUGCACAGAUCGCCACCUUAGCACAGGUAAAAGAUGAAAACAGUUUGGAAACUCAAGUUAGAGUAAAAAAAAGAGUAGUUUGAGAUCACAUGGCAGACGCAGAGGUCUUAUCGCUCCUAUAUUUCAGGUUUCCAUGACAACAGGCCACGCCUCAGCCACAGGUCCCACAGUCACGCUGGUUCAGCUGCCCAAUGGACAGACAGUUCAGGUCCAUGGAGUCAUCCAGGCUGCACAACCGUCCGUCAUCCAGUCUCCACAGGUUCAGGCUGUACAGGUGAAAUACACACUCACAAACACACACUCACACACAACCUGUCGACCCUUUCAGGGUUUGUUUUGUGUGUUGUGUAUGCCGCCACUCUUCUUACUUUGUCCUUUUGUUUCAGAUCUCCACUAUAGCAGAGAGUGAGGACUCUCAGGAGUCAGUAGACAGUGUGACUGACUCUCAGAAGCGCAGGGAGAUUCUGUCACGACGCCCUUCAUACAGGUGAGUUAUACGCGAAGUCUGUACAUUUAUAUAGUGUGUAUAUGUCCUGUCUGCAGAUAAGAAUAAGAAUAACUUUAUUAAUCCACGAACGGAAAUUCAAUUGUCUGUUGUCUCACAUAAUAUGUCUCUAAAAGUUAUCUACUAUUUACACAAGAGUUAUAAAGCCUGAUGGCUGUUGGUACAAAAGAUCUUCUGAAUCUUUAUGUCCUGCAGCGAAGAGAGAGGAAGUUAGCAGGUUACUAAAAUAUUCAUGCUCAUUGGACUUUUCAUUUACUGUUCUUUUUACAUCUUUUUCAGAGCACUGAAGUAAAUAUUUCAAAAACUCGACAGGUUAUGAAACUCGAGUCAAAAGUUGUGUUUUGUUUUAUAGUGUAAUGCAGAAUGUUUUUUUUAGCUGUUGACCCAUAUGGAGCAUUAUCAGCUCUUCGUAAUUCACUGAAAUGAAAAAAGAGCCAUGCAUAGACCAGAACCAGAAAUGCAAAUGACUUUUUUCAGACCAAGCCAAUUUGGUAUGGACUGAGAAAAAGUGGAAAACUUUCUACGGUCUAGUAAAUCAUAGUUUAACAUUCUUUUUGCAAACAAGAAUCCAGAAUCUGAUACAGCUUUAAAGCAAGUAUGUGUGAGUGUGUAGGAUGCACAAGUGGCCACAUCACAGGUAGUUUACACACCUGGGGAAGUCCCCUGAUACAACAAAGGAGACCCUGAACUGCUGAGCAGCUGGGAUCCUAUAUCAAGCAAGAAUGGGACGACAUUUGUCUUUGACUCCUGAAACUGGUCUGCUGGGUUUCUAAACAUUCACAGUGUGGUCAAAAGAACCAACAAUAUAAUGAACAGUAUAUUACAGUUCCCAUGUUUGAUGUGUUGUCUUAAUGCUAUUGUCAAUUAAAUAUGAGCUUAAAAUGAUUUGCAAACCAUCAGACUUGUUUUAUGAAUAUUUUACAAAGCGCCCUCAUUUUUCUGGAACUGACUGUGAACACAAGUUCUCUUUUUUGUAAGAGCCAAAAAUAGUAGGAUUGUAGAAAUGAACAUCAUGAGAUGAUAUAAAUCAACAAGACCAGUGUAAAUGUUUUAUUUCCUACCACAUCAGUCCCUGCUGGUUACAUCUGACUCUGUCUCAUUGAUGUUGUCAAUAAAACCUCUACAUUUGUAUUUUCCCCAACAGGAAAAUCCUGAAUGACCUUUCAUCUGACGCUCCAGCAGUCCCUCGAAUCGAGGAGGAAAAGGCAGAGGAGGAUUCAUCGGCUGCAGCAGCCACACCUGCAAUCACCACCGUCACAGUCCCCACACCUAUCUACCAGACCAGCAGUGGACAAUACAGUAAGUGAUAAGAGAUCAAUGGGCGAUACCUGUGACGGCAAGGGAGUGAUGAGAUUUUUGUCAUCACAGUUGGGAUGGUGACCUCCACUCUGUACUCCUUGUUGUACCUGUGAGUGUUAUCAGUGGGUAACAUUUUUAUUGAUCUUUAGGCCUUUCAACUCUCUUCAUACCAAUCUCUUCAAGUUCAGAUCCACAGCUGAAUGAAAAUACUUUGUAACCUGCCGACACAGAACUGAAAACAUCUCUGUCCAGAAGAGACUGUAAAAUAUCUUUUUUCAGUAUUUUGUGCUUUGAAAGAUAAAAACAGAUAAAAGAGAGCAUUCAGAAAAUUGAGAUCACGGUGGACUUAUAUUUGGAGUCUUGGUCUGGUCUGACUGUUGACAGUCUAUUCCUUAACGCAGACCUCUUUGCAAUGAAGUGGCUAAUUGUUUAUUCACAUGUUCAUUGAAGGAGUGAUUUAGCUGCCAGUCGAGUUCAUGACUGGUAAGUUAAUAAUCUAAACAUGAUGCAUCAUGUCUGAACAAGAUGAGUCAUAAGUCAUAAGAGCAGACAAAAACACUGAGAUAUCAGGUCAAUCCAAGUGUCUCUUCAUGGACUGGUAGACAACCAGUCUAAGCUUCGUCAGACGACUAAAGUACACAUGAAUAAUAUUACCAAUCCUAAUUUUAUCCUUCAACCUCUAACUCCAAUUUCCUUCCCUGUCUUCACCAAACUCAUAGUCGCAAUCACACAGGGUGGGGCCAUUCAGCUGGCUAAUAACGGUACAGAUGGAGUUCAGGGCCUUCAGACUCUGACCAUGACCAACGCAGCAGCAGCAGCUCAGCCUGGAGCCACCAUCCUCCAGUACGCACAGACCAGUGACGGCCAGCAGAUACUGGUUCCCAGUAACCAGGUGGUCGUCCAAGGUAAGACAUAGCUCCAGUAAUAUCCUAUAUAUUCGUCAGUUUGGUGAUAUCUAGUUAGUAUUAUGCAUAAAAUAUUCCCAUUUUUGAGCUCCUGGUCAUCGCUCCUUGCUGUCUUUGUUCACAAAGAUUUGUUUCAGUAUUUAACAUCACUAAAUAUUUCAACAGAAAUAAACUUUAACGUCCAAUCUCUGCCAUCAAACCUAUCAGCCGCAUCAGGAGAUGUCCAGGCCUAUCAGAUCCGAGCAGCUCCUGCCAGCACCAUCGCCCCCGGAGUGGUCAUGGCCUCAUCCCCUGCCCUCCCCACCCAGGGUGCUACUGAAGAGGUUACUCGCAAACGAGAGGUCCGCCUCAUGAAGAACAGGUAAUCUAAAAAGAUAGUCUGCUUCUUGAUAUGAUGUUAUUAGUUGCUUUCUUUUAACAGUGAAUUAAUUAGUUCAUUUCUUUUUUCAGAGAGGCAGCUCGUGAAUGUCGCAGGAAGAAGAAGGAGUACGUUAAAUGUUUGGAGAACCGAGUGGCUGUCCUGGAGAACCAAAACAAGACACUAAUCGAAGAACUCAAAGCACUUAAAGACCUUUACUGCCAUAAAUCGGAGUAGUUCCUGUCACCGGUGCAGUGAGCUGGGCUGAGUAGCACUUAAGUUUCUUCAAACACUUCGACUGUUCAAUUCUGCCUGCCUGGCCUUCAGGUUUGCACAGAGCUGGCUCUUUUGAGAAAAUCCCCCCAAUUGAGGUUCUGCCUCCUCUACUUUCUCUUUAGUAGGCUGUCAAUAUGAGAAAAAAAAUUGAAUAACAGCACAUUUUUGCAGAGAGUACUAUAGAAAAUUUCACUCAACGAUUCUAGUAAUUGGGAUUUGCACAGCGCUCCUUGAAAGUUCUGCCUAAAGUAUUCUUACAGUCCUUUUCAGCUUUCUUGAAAGGGUUGAGUCAGCAGGGGACAGUGUGCUGCACACACCUUCCCCUGUAAGCUGGUGUCCCAUUGUUGUAGCUUUGGGUUAUACUCCAAAAGAUACAAGACUCUGUGCACAUUACAUCUGUCUGAGAGGUACUUAGGAUAAGAUAAGAUAGGAUGAGAAGAACUUAAUUGAUCCCCAAAAGGAAGUUCAAUAAAGUUCUUCUAAAGUAUUUGUUGGUCUCACCAUUCCCAUGGUUUUAUGCUACUUGUUUGACCUUAUCUACCUGUUUGAAAUAGUUGUUGAACAGUAGACUAGAGGCUUGAACUUUUGCAUAGCUGGUGCAACCCAGUAUCGGAUUUCUGUCGAUGGUUUAUGGACACCAAUCUGAUUUAAACAAGAGGAAUAUAUUCUCCACGUUCUUAAUUUUAAAGAAUAUUCAGGCCAAAACUAAAACAAACAGAUAGAAAGAAGCAGAUCUGAUUAUAGAUAGUGUUAAGUACACUUCGGUUACGUUUUGUUAUUGAUGUUUUUGCCCUUAGCUCAUUAUUUGUCCAGCAGUUUAUACGGAAGGAUAUUUCUUUAAUCGACAGCCUUAGGCAGCUGCAGUUGAAGCUUUUGAAUAAAUAAUGAACCUCUACCUGGUCAAACAACUGGAAAGGUUGUUGCUUGUAUAUUUGACUCUAUAACUGAUUGGGCACAAAGACGUCAUUUUAUGAGUGUUUUUUAAAGACGCUACCAACUGCCAAACUAAGAGAAAGUCUGAUUGACAACAGACUGUGGACGCAUUUUAGUUAGGCGCCAUGCUUUUAAAUCACCAUAUUUUCUGUCUCUCCGUGACUAAAGGUUGUCAGGGAUGAUUUGAAAUGAGGAUUGUUUGGUGGGGAAAGCCAAGCGUUAGAGAAGAGAGAUUAUUCUGAAUUUUAUUUUUGCAGCUUGGGAGCACAGUGUUUUUAUUUUUGGCCUACAUUCUGCCAAGUUGUAUUGAAAAUGUUUGGAUGUGAAAACAAACGUGAAUGGUAAUAUUUGUAAAAAGAGAAAUUGCUGCCGUAUUAUUAGUUUCUAAUGACAAAGCACAAUUUUCCCUUCUAUUCAGGUGUUUUCAUGUUCAGAAUAAUCGAGGGUUGCUUCUGCGGGUUACUUGACCCCAGAUGUCAACAGUUAACAGAGAAUAAAAUGUUGGAGUGUUGCCAAAAAGAAAAUAUGAAAAAAGAUCCAGGUUGUUUGGAAACGCACAUUGAAUGAGCAAUUCUUAACACUACAGAGCUACACCUUUUAUUAUUUAAUGUAACGUCAAAGUCGAGGUCAAGCGUCCUCUCAUUGUGCCACAGUAAACUGUCAGUUUCCAUGAUAUUUGAGUUAGGUGUUGUGUUGUUUUUGCUUGUCUGUCCACUGAUGGGCAGUACGUGUAUGUGAGAUUGCAGCGCUGCCUGUGAAAAGAAAGCAGGUCGGAUUAUUUGUGAAAUUGAAAAAAAAAUCUACAUCAGCUACAUGAGAAAAAACACUAAAGACAUGGAGACGGGCUGAGAACAGAUUGUUUGUGUUGGACUGUUGUGGGUUUAUGAGAAGAUUCAUGUUUGUAUUGGUGUGUUUAUUUUUUAUAUUACUGUACAUAGGGUCUACAGCAUGUGUAGACGUCAUGUUUUUUUGUUUAUUUGAUAUAAAGUACUGUUCUUAUGACUUUUCAUAUUUGUAAUAUACAUCAGUGUAUAAUAGAAGACAUGUUAUUGUGUAUUCAUGUAAUCUACCAGGCCUACAACCGUCAUGGCAGCUAAGUGUAUGAGAAGAGGCCUUUGUUGGAGAUGUGAUGUUUUGGAGUGCUGUGCAGUUCAGGAUCGACAGUGUUUGUUUGUAGAGAGGAGUGAGUCUGUUGAGAGCAGCUGGGGUCCACAAAAAAUACCAGUUUUUAUAAUUAAAUAUUUUGUUUUUUCAAAAAUCGGCACAGCAAACCCUCACUGGCUUCACACUCAAAGACACAUGAUUAUGUUUUGUACUUAAAUGUCUUUUUUCUGUUUUUUACACCUCUAAAUCAAUCAAAAGAAAGCACAAUUUUACCUCCCAUUAGACCCCUUCUUGUAUUUAUUCUACAUAAACUCUCUUAAUAUUAUUACAGAGCUACAUAUUUUGCAAUUUCACUUUAUUUCCAAUGUUAAAAUCCUUUUUUUAACUUAAUGUCCAACUUAAGUCUUUUUUUCUGUUCAUUUCAUCUCAUAGGUAAGGAAAAAUCUUUUUUUUUCUGCAACAAACUGGACAUCCUCUGUAAAAUGUCCAGCUUUUCUGUUUAUAUUAAGUUACAUUUUAAACCAUCAUGUGUUGACUGUAGCUCUGCCAUAUUUUCCUCCCAAGUUUCCAACAUUUUGAUAUUGUACAGUUUGUAUUUGUUAUGUAUAGAGUAAAAAGAGCUGGAUCAGCAACAGAAGUCACACAGCACCUCAAAGACUCUGGAUAAAUCAUCUCAUUUUGACCCUGAACACAUUAGUAUAAGUUGUAGGUGUAUUUGUUGACACUGCUUUGCUCUCCUCCUGCCUGACACAGAGCAAUCAAAAUGCAUAGUGUAUUUAUUUUAAUGCAUCUCAAAAGACAUCAUGCAGUGUGAAACUGUUGGCCUUGUUAGUAGGCUUGAUAGCAUUCUGAAUUUAUACUAAGAUACUGGUGCCAUGGUGGUGAAAUGUUUACCACGUAGAAAAAAAAAAAUCCACCUCUUGUCAUUCACUCAUCAAGUGCUGGUGCUGAAAAGAAAAACCUGUAAUAACUUUUCUUUUUUGUUGAUUUGAUAUAGUGAGCUCAACUUUGUGAUGUGUUUAUUCAAUAAUCUUACAACGAAACCAAAAGUGUUUUCAUUUCUGUGCCACAAUAGUUUAUACCCAAAGGGCCUCAUUUGUGCAUGAAACAGAUUGUUAUCCCUGUGUGUAAGAGUAUAUAUAAAUAUAUAUAAAUAUAUCAUUUCUAGAACAGUAAUAAUGACUUUUUUCUAACUUUUAACGUAAUCUGUUUAUAUAUUGCCACUUUUACAAGUUAUCAGUCGGAGAUGCCAUGUAUUGUAUAGUAUGUUGUAGAGAAAAGGUCACCAAAUGAUGCGUUUUAAUGUUAUAAAAACUCUACCAGCCCAUUAUUUUCAAGUGCUGUUACUCUGACAUUUCAUCACUCUUUUGUAAACACUUGCUAUGUUGCAAUAAAAUACUCUUGAAGACUGUUAUGUA